GAUCGGUUCACUGAUGGCGACGACGAUGGUCACCACCGGCGGCGAGCACGAGCAGACGGUGUGCGUGACCGGCGCCGGCGGCUUUAUCGGGUCGUGGCUUGUGAAGGAACUCCUCCAGCGCGGCUACGUCGUCAGGGGCACCGUCAGAGACCCUGAGGACCACAAGAACGCUCAUUUGCACGGUCUGGAUGGAGCUGAAAGAAGGUUGUCCCUCUACCGAGCUAAUGUGUUGGACUGCAACAGCAUUCGUGCUGCGUUCAGCUUAUGUAAUGGUGUUUUCCACGUGGCAUCACCAGUCUCCAAUGACCCUGAACUUCUGCCAACUGCUAUCGAGGGAACAAAGAAUGUCAUCAAUGCAGCUGCAGACAUGGGAAUCAAGCGUGUGGUGUUUACUUCGUCUUAUGGUGCUGUCCAUAUGAACCCUAACAGGAGCCCUGAUCAGACUCUCGAUGAGAGUUGUUGGAGCGACCUUGAGUUCUGCAAGCAAACACAGAACUGGUACUGCUACGCGAAGACGGUGGCCGAGAGGACGGCGAUGGAGGAGGCGUCGGGGAGAGGGGUGCAGCUGCUGGUGGUCGUGCCGGCCGUCACCGUGGGGGAGAUGCUGCAGCCGGCGCUGAACGCCAGCGUCUACAGGGUCGCCACCUACAUGAGGGGCACCAAGAGGGCGUACCCCAACGCCGUCGCCGCGUACGUCGACGUCCGCGACGUCGCGCGGGCGCACGCGCUGGUGUACGAGCACCCCGCCGCGCGCGGCCGCUACCUCUGCAUCGCCGGCGUGCUGCACCGCUCUGAGUUUGCUCGGAUCUUGAGGGAGCUCUUCCCCCAGUAUCCUGUCACCACCAGGUGUGAGGACAACAGUAAGCCAUUGGUGAAACCUUACAAAUUCUCUGUACAAAGGCUGGAGGCUUUAGGCAUGCACUUCACUCCUUUGAAAGAGAGUUUCUACAAUACUGUGAUAAGCCUACAAGACAAGGGUCACCUACCAGCAAUCCCACACCACCGUUCAGCCAUGUGAGUCGUCACCAGAUAUGGAAGGAAGAUUUGAAUAAAGUUUGAUGUGAUUUAAUUUGAUUAUAUAUGCAUGUAUGCACUGUGAGAAGGAAUGGAGCUGAGUACUAGUGAGGCAAUGGUUCUCGUUAAGGUUUUGGAAUGGACUUUAGUGCUGAAUUUGAUACGAGUAGAUGUAUUUCUCUUGUCAAUUUUCUGAAGCGCAACCAACGGACAGUUCAAGACACCGAUGCAAUUUCCAGUUCAGGUCCCGAUCA